AUGAACCUCCUCUUAUUUCAGGUGUGGGCUGUGGCGCUCCCUGACUGCUCCACCACAGAGCACGAGGUCGAGACAGCAGGCCUGCUGCACGCCCCAUGGACCCCGCACUCCACACCCUCAGCCUUUUCUCCUUUAUAUGAACGUAUGAAACCCCUUCCUUCUCUCCCCUUUCUCUCCCUUAACAUGUACACGACACCCUCGUUUCAGGUGUGGGCGGUGGCGCUCCCUGACUGGUCCGCCACAGUGCGUGAAGACGAGACAGCAGGCCUGGUGCACGCAGCAUGGGCACCGGACUCGACCCACCUGCUGCUCUCCGCCGACCACAGGCUGCGUGUGACUAUAUGGAAUGUGACAUCGAGCAGGCCUGCUGCGCGCCUCGUGGGCUCCGGAUUCCACCCCCCUGCUGCGCGCCUCGUGGGCUCCGGACCACAGGCUGCGUGUGACUAUAUGGGAUGCGACUUCCAGCCAGUCUCCCCCUGUGCACAUCCCCUGCCCACGCACCCUGUGCGCGCCCUCGCCUUUUCCCCCAACCACCGCGACUGGGUGCAAGGAGGUAGAACAGAGGCAAGAGGAGGAGCACGAAGAGCAUCUGCUGUAGCAGGGGGAGGAGGGGGAGGGGGAGGGGGAGCAACGGGGCAGAGUCGUGACGUGGUGAGCCUGUACGCCUGUGACACGUGGCAGGAGGUUGUUUGCUUCCGCACGGACACUGUGGACGCUGCUGACGUGGCAUGGGCGACUGAGGGCAGUGGGGUUAUCGUCUGGGAUCACCCAAUGGAAUUCAGGCUGCUGCUCUUCUCACCCUCUGGCGAGCCCCAGGCACGCAUAGAGCUGCCCUGGCCAGGGCUGGGGGUCAGGGCUGUUGCCCCCUCCCCUGCCUUUUCACUUGGCGCUGAUUCGGGCUCCAUUGCCCACUGCAACGCCAACAGCAGCAGCAGCAGCACAGGUGGCGGUUCAGGUGCCCUGCCAGGUGCUUCUUCAGGUGCUCUGGUGGCGGUGGGUUGUUCGGCCGACCGCCUACUGCGAGUCCUUCGUGCGGCGGACGGGCGGCCUGUAGUGGAGCUGCCACACGCGCCAGCUAUCAAAAUUCCAUUGGCUGCUGCCACCGUUGUGUAUGAGGAAUGCCUUGGAGUCUCAGAAGCUGCCACCACCAUGGCCUUUGAGUUGUCUCAAAACCCACCCCUUUCAACUCCUUUGCACCCCAUCCGUGUCAUCACUCCACUCCGCCUGCCCCUCAGGAAUGCCUUGGAGUCUCAGAAGCUGCCACCACCAGGGCCUUUGAAAGUUGCCACCACCAUGGCACCAGGUCUCAUACAGUGGAGCGCCAACGGGGAGUACCUAGCCACGCGCUGCGAUGACAUCCCGACUGUCCUUUGGAUCUGGGCGGCACGGCGCAAGUUUGAGCUGGCGGCGGUGCUGCUGCAGCGUCAGCCAAUCAGGGACGCUGCCUGGCACCCGUCGGUUCCCUCCAUUGCAUUUUGCUCCGGUACACCACAUUUAUUUACGUGGAAGCCGGUAAAAGCAAGCGAUGGUCAGAGCAAGAAAAGGGUUGAUGAUGGUGGAAGCAUGGAAGGGGUUGAUGGUGCUGGAGCAGCAGAUGCACUAGUACAAAAGGUAAGGGUGAGUAGCAGUUCCGCAUCUACGUUUCGUGUGCGGGACGGCAUGGCUGUUUGUGAUUUGGAGUGGGACAAAGAAGCCGCGAAGACGAGGCGUGAAGAAGCAGCCAUGGAUGCGCUAGACGAGCUCAUGAAGCUGCAGGAGGAGUACGACAAACUCGAAUCCGUUUACAACGCGGAUGUUUCCAAGGCUCUUAAGGCUUAUCAGCGAACAUGCGACCCUCUCUUCGAGAGGCGAAAGCAAAUCGUGUGUGGAGAAUCAGAGCCGACAGAGGAGGAGGCAACCGUUGCAGACCCAGAGGAGGAAGAUGCAGGGGAAGAGGAGGAGGGAGGAGGGGAGCAGCAGCAGCAGCAGCAGCAGCAGCAGCAGCAGCAAGGAGGGAAGGUCACGAAGGAGCCUAAAGGCGUGCCCAAGUUUUGGCUCACUGUCUUAAAGAAGCAUGAUGCUGUAGCGGAAUUCAUCCACAAGCGGGACGAAGAGGUAUUGGAGAGCCUAAGGGACGUGCGUGUGCGCCUCACGUCUCCUUCUAAGGGCGCUAGUAAAGCAGCUGGUGACAGUACUGGUGCCUCUGAUAAGGGCACAGUCGGGACAGUCACGCGCCUGGAGCUACACUUCGGCCCCAACGCGUUUUUCUCUAACAAAUCGCUCUAUAUCGAGACGGUGGAGGUGGCUACAGGAGGAGGCGGAGACGAGGGGGAAAUGGGGGAAGAAGAGGGGGAAGGGGGCGGAGGGGGAGGGGGAGGGUCGGUGGUGGUGGUGAAAGAGGUGUCCGAAAUUCAGUGGAAGGGCAUUGAGAAGAAUCUGACUCUGCGACAGAUUGUGAAAGCUGGGAAAAAGGGAAAGGGAGGUAAGGGGAAGAAAGGAGCAGGUAGGGAAGCCGAGCCUCCCUCAACAGUCAAGACCAAGCCCUGCCCUUCCUUCUUCAACUUCUUCACUCUCUCGCGUAACAUGCGGGGCAAUAAAGCCACCGCCCAGCUCAGCAGCAAAGGGGGGAGGAGCAGAGGGGGGGACGGAGACGAGGGGGAUGAGGGGGAGGAGGGGGAUGAGGAGGCGGAUGAGGAGGGAGACGAGGGUUUGGAGGGUAUGCCUGUGUUGGGGGGGGAGGAUCUGGGGGAGGUGGUUCUGAAGGUGCCUCAGGAGCGGGUGUUAUCUGAUGGCAAGAUGGACGUGUGGCAAGCGCUGUGCAACGAGGUUGUACCUAGAGCAGCCGAUCUGUUCACGAGCACAGCCUUUGGGGAGGAGGACGGGGGCGGUGGUGGUGAUGAUGAUGAUGAUGAUGAUGAUGCUGACGUGGCAGAUGAGGAGGGGUACGAGCAUGUUCAGCGCCCAUCAUCCGGACCUCAUCGGCUGGUUCGGCGCCGGAUCAGAGCGUUGAAGCACCUGCAGCGGAAGCAGCAGCAGGCAGAGCGCACGAGGGAGGCAGCCAUUGCUGGUGCUCGCGCCUCUCUGAGUGAACGCUCUUCAGGCAUCUUUGUGCGGCGCAAGGCGGUGGUUAUCGGUUCCAAGGCCCUUGACAGCGGUGAUCCCUCCCUCGCCCGCCUCCCCCGCUUCUGGCUUCUCGUCCUGCGCUCCGUGCCCUGCCUCGUUGAGACCAUUCGCCGCCGCGACCACCCUCUCCUCGCACACCUCUCUGACAUUCGCUGGAGGCCACUCAAGGGGAGAGAAGGAGGAGAGGGAGAAGAGGGAGGAGAGGAGGGAGGGGAGGAGGGGGAUGGGGAGAGGGGAGGAGAUGGAGGGAAGGGCGAGAAAGCCGAGUGUGGGAAGGGAGAGUCGGGGUUUGUGAUAGAUUUCGAGUUCCUGCCCGGAUGCAAGGAAUGGAUGGCCAAUCGCGUGCUCUCAAAGGCGUAUUUUUUCCGAACCCGGGCAGCCAGUGGUGGUGGUGGCGGCGGCACCGGCGCAGGAGGCUCGGCGGGCACCGAGGCUGGGGCGUUGGCUCGGGUGGAGUGUAGGACGCCGAUAGUGUGGGAGGAAGGGAUGGAGUUGACGCUGAAGGAGGUGCAGGACAGCAAAGGGCGGCUGCGAGUCAAGCCCUGCCCCAGCUUCUUCCAGCUGUUUGACAACAAUCGCUGCCACCUGGCGUUUGCUGGUGACGAGGCGGUCCACCUGCCGGCUUCCGAGUUGCUGGAUAGGGAAGCUGACGUGGCACUGGCCCUGCGUGACGUGGCGAUCCCGCGUGCUGCUGAGCUGUACAGGCAGGCAAAGGAGUGGGAUCAUGGGGAUGAAGAGGAUGAGGAGGAAGAAGAGGGCGAGGAGGAGGAAGUGGAGUCAGGAGAAGAUGAUUAUAACGGAGACAAGCCGAAGGGAGCUUUGAGUGACGCAGCUAUUCGGAAGAAGCUUCUGGAGAGGAAGAAGAGGAAGAAGCGGGGAGGGAAGGAUGGAGAUGAGGACGAUGAUGUGCGCAUAUGUGGCCUGCCAAGGAAUGUUGCGUAUGGCCUGCUGCUUCUGCUUGUGUUCUCGGCUCCAUUCAUAAUUUUCCUUGAUGAGGUUCUUAUGCGCUUGGGGUUGUGA